AUGGACAAAAACCCCAAACAACCGAGGUCUCGGUCUCACAACAGUAACACUGGCACUAACGAUUAUCAAUCCAGCAAUUAUUCGACUCAAAGCAGCGGCCACAGCCGAUCGUCUCAUGACAGAAUGACACGCCGCGGCCAGAGACAACAACAGCAGCAGCAACAACAAGGUUACGACGAUGAUGACUUUUCCGUCGCUCCUUCCAUGGACCAAGAUGUCAAAUCGGUAGUCUCGGUUAGUUUUGAUGACGUUUAUCAGCGUGGGCGCAAAUUGGGAUUGGGUGCCUUUGCCGUAGUCUUUGUCGGGACUCAUCGACCCACUGGGGCCGAAUACGCUGUCAAACAAAUUGAUCGAUCCACCAUGGUCUGGGGAGAUCGAGAUGCCCUCCAAGAUGAAAUUGCCAAUCUCAAAUUGGCCCGGGAGGGACCCAAUAUUGUGCAACUAUAUGAAGUGUACGAAGAGAGAGCCUUUUGUUAUCUCAUCAUGGAACUCAUGGAAGGUGGUGAGCUCUUGGAAUAUAUCAUUGAAAAGAAAACCUUUACCGAAACCGAAGCCCGGAUUACCACCAGUUGCGUCUUGAAGGCACUGAGUUAUAUGCACGAACGCAGAGUCGCCCAUCGAGACAUCAAGCCCGAGAAUUUAUUGCUCAGCCAACACAAGGAUUUGAAGUCAAUCAAAUUGGCCGAUUUCUCCUUUGCCAUGUACGUCAAGAAACGAAAUGAAUGCCGUACACUUUGCGGUACUCCGGGAUACUUGGCACCGGAAAUGUUGGAGCGAUUCCCUGCCUAUGAUGUCAAAUGCGAUGUUUGGUCUGCGGGAUGUUUGCUCUUUUUGCUCAUUGGGGGAUACCUCCCCUUUGAUGACGAGGAUGAUGAAGUUAUCUUUGAUUUAACUCGAGAUGGAUACUUUGAGUUCCAACCUGAAUUCUUCAGUGGGGUCAGUACGGGGGCCAAGGAAUUGAUUACCAGAAUGUUGACGGUCAAUGCCAAGAAACGUAUCUCCUCCUCGAACGCUUUGAAGUGUGACUGGAUCGUCAACGGUGAUGCCGAAGUGGAAGAACGACAGUUGAAUGUCAAGAAAAUCCAGAACUUGCUGGAAGGAAAGAGAAAAUUGCGGGCGGGUAUUGCUACGCUCAUUACGGCAAACCGUGUGAAACAGCUGAACGAUGGCUUUUCCGAAUACUUGGAGAAACGCAAGAACGAAAAUGCCGAGAAUCGAAUUGGCAAAAAGCAGAAGGAAAGUCGAGAGGAACGUUUUGUCGAAGACAGCCUCACGGGACAACCAUUUGAAGAUUUCUAUGAAAUUGGAGAAGAACUCGGAGAGGGUGGUUAUGCCUUCGUCUAUCGUUGCGAGCACAAGCGCACGAAAAAGACCUAUGCGGUCAAGGAAGUCGUCAUCUCCAAGAUGGAAAAUGGAGGAGAAUCCACCCUCAAGGAUGAGAUUGCCGCCCUCAAAAUGCUGCGAGGAGGUUCUCAUAUCGUACGACUGUUUGAUGUCUUUUACGAUGAUGAUUCCUGUUUUAUGGUCAUGGAAGAAAUGAAGGGUGGUGACUUGCUGUCGAGAAUUGUCGACAAGGAAGUUUAUACAGAACGUGAGGCUCGAGGAGUCUGCAAGGUUUUGUUCGAAGCUGUCUUGUACUGUCAUCACAUGAAGGUGGCCCAUCGUGAUAUCAAGCCUGAGAAUCUUUUGUUGGUCAACGAAAAUGACGAUGCGACUGUGAAACUGGCCGAUUUUGGUUUUGCCAAGCGUGUGACGGGAGAAAAGUCCUUGAGUACACUUUGUGGUACCGCUCAGUAUGUUGCACCCGAAAUUUUGGACUAUCAAGUCAAUGGAUACGAUGAAACAUGUGAUAUGUGGUCCGUUGGUGUGGUAACCUACAUUCUGUUGGGCGGAUACGCUCCUUUCGAAGGUCCGGCUGACGAAUUGGCUCAAUUCAUUAUUCGCGGAGAUUACGAGUUCCACGACAAAUACUGGGCUGAUAUUUCAGAGUCAGCCAAGGAUAUGAUUGCACACAUGUUGACAGUCGAUCCUGCAGAACGCGUGACUGCUGAAGGAGCACUGCAAUGUGAAUGGAUGGGUCUAGACGCCGAACAACUUGCGUCGAAGGAUUUGGGAGGUAACCGAGCGGGAUUGCAAGCAACACAUUCCAAGAUGACUAGCACAGACACUGGAGAUGCCAAGAAGGCUUUGCAAGCCCUCAUCAAGACUAACAAAUUCUUGUCUCUUGGUGGCAUGACCCCCCUGCAAGAAGGUAACGAGAACACACCAAAGAUUGAAGACUUGGCGGAAGACGAUUUCGAGGAUGUCUACGAAUGGGGCCGCCAGAUUGGAAUCGGCACCUUUUCAGUCAUUCACGAAUGUACCCACUUCGACACCGAAGACCUCUAUGCUGUCAAGCGUAUUCCUCGUGUCGACCUAUGGGAAGAAGAUGCCGAGGCGCUGCGUAGCGAGAUUACGUGUUUGAAGAUGUUGACCGAGUGCAGCUGCGUCGUACAGCUCAAGGAAGUUUUUGAUGAAGUCGACUUUACAUACAUGGUAAUGGAACGUUUGAUGGGAGGAUACUUGAUUGAUAAGAUCAUUGAAAAGGAAUGCUAUGACGAACCCGAAGGUUUGAUCGUCGCCAAACGUCUUUUGACAGGAGUGGCGUUCUGUCACGAACGGCGGAUAGCCAUCCGUGACUUGAAGCCUGAGAAUGUGCUGCUGGUCGAAGGAAGUGAUACAAGAGUCAAGAUUACGGACUUUGGAUAUGCCAAGAAGCUUCUUCAGCCCAAUUCGUUGACUACUGUUUGUGGUACGGAGGGUUUUGUUGCCCCCGAGAUUAUUGAACACAACCCAGAGUACGAUGUUGAAUGUGAUAUCUGGAGUUUGGGUGUUCUCAUUUACGUCGUGCUGGGAGGAUACCGACCCUUCAGAGGGGAGGGCAACGAGUGCAUGGAGAAGAUCCGAUACGGAAUUUUCGCGUUCCACAAGAAGUACUGGAGUCACGUUUCAGACGAAGCCCGAACGCUCAUCGAGGAGAUGUUGACAGUCGACGUCCAAGAACGUAUCACAGCCCAAGAGGCUUUGGAGAGCGCUUGGAUUGCGAACUUGGAACGAAAGAAGAAGGCAAAGAAAAAGAAGGGUGCCAAGAGCAGAAGUAAGUCACCUAAGAGUGAACAGUACUGA